GGCUUGUAAACGUCGCGGCUGCUCUCUUGCUUGCUCUCUCGCUCGCUCGUAAACUGUGUGCGUGUGUGUGUGUAUGUGUGUGUGCGUAGCAAGGGCGCCAAGUUGUUGUUGUGUCUUUAACAUUGAACCACCUGCCAACGCAGUCAGCUAUUUACAGUGACAGCCUCCCCGCUGCCAAAAAAAAAAACCCAAAGCAAAUAAAUUACAAGAAAAAAAAAUACACAGCGAGAGUUGCAAAUAAAACAAAAACUGGCAGCAGCAUCCGGCUGAUGAUUUGCAUAUCUCAACAGCAGCAAAAAAAAUAGCAGUGAAAAGCAAGCAAAAGUUAGCAGCGGAACUGUCGGAAGUUGUGUUUAAACAACAACAACAACAAUAACAAUAAUAGUAAACAAAGCGCAGAACGGCAGCGCAGCAAAGCAGGCAACAGUUUUUUUUGUUGCACGCUAUGGAAAUGGAUGUCAAUCGUCAGACACGCCACAAUGCCAACCUGAUGACCAUAUCCGCACGCUGUUGUGCCAACAACAAUGAAGCAGCCAUAACAAUGCCUGCCACAACAUCAGCCGCUGCAGCAGCAGCAGCAACAGCAGCAACAUCUUCAUCAUCAGCUUCAAGCAGCAGCGGCGGCGGCUGUUGCGGCAUCUUGAGUCGCCUGUUCUGCGUAAGUCGCCACAAGGCAACACAAUCAGUAGCGGUGGCAGGCAGCGAUUGCAGCCAGAGCGAUUCGUUAUUUAUGCAACGCAAGCCAGCAGCAGCAGCACAGCCGGCUGCACAGCAGCGACGCCGACGCACGCCACAGGAAAUCUAUUUUGAAAGUCGCGGUAAAUCCUGCAAGAAGCUAUUGAAAUUCAAUGGUAAUUCCAAUAAGAUAUUGCUGUAUCCGGAGGAGGGCUGGGCGCGCACCGCCUCAUCCAGCUACUGGACUAUAACGCCCUGCUGGUGGCAACCGAAUCGUUGUCGCAUUGUCGAAUGCGCCGGCACGCAGCGAAGGGCGACCAAGGCUCGCAUGUUGCCCAUGGAGCAGCAGGGCUCGCUGCUGAUAGCUGGACACUUUCGCAGGCCGCCAAUAACAGCGACAGCAGGCACAGUACAAACGCCAGCGACAGCAACAGCGCCAGCAACAUCAACAGCAACAACAACAGCAGCAGCAGCAGCAACGACAACGACAGUAAAUGGCAGAGCGCAAACAAUGUCAAAAUCACAGCUGGGCUACAAUGAUGAGUUCAAGCUGUAUCUGACAUCGAACAUCUCGAUGGAGGACUACAAUAUGGGCUACUGCCUUACGGGAUUCGUUGAGCGUCGCUGCCAGCAGACAAACACCUUUCAAAUGACACACUUUGCCGUCAUCAAACGGCAAUGGCCGCAGCCGUCCAAUCGCAGCAGCUCAUAGGCGCAAACGGCGAUGAACUCACACCCAAAGGGUAUUUGUAUAUGCUAAGCUUAGUGUUUAAGUAGUGCAAAUGGGCAGCUUAAAAUUAAUUAAUUCUAGCUUAUGUGCGGCCAAGACAUUGUUGUUAAAUAAUUGUUUUUUCUAUGUGUGUGUACUAGCGCGUAAUUCGUAGUUUUUAAUCGUGCUAAAAAAAAUUCAAUGUGCUUUCAGUGUUGUCUUAAAAACUAAAAAACAAAAUUUAAAAUUUAAGCAGAGUGAAAACGAGAACGUAAAUCCCAAAACAAAUAACUGCAAAAUACGCAAGAAAAAUAAAAUACAACUACUAGUAGCUGCUAAAAGCUAAAAUGCAACUAAACCGCUUUGCUAGACCAGCACACACAAACACACACACAUACAGUUGCAACACUUGCGCAAGUUUGGGCGCUGGGGCGGCUACUUAAUGUUUAAAAAAGUGCAACAAAUUGAAACUUGUGCUUGUCGAAGCAAAUGAUUGUGUGCCAACUUGCUGAGCGUGUAUGUGUGUGUGUGUGUGUGCAGCUUAAAUGGCCAUACAGCUUCAAUAUAUGCGCAGCAGCGUAAAAAUAUUUAAAGCAUUAUAUUUUAUUUUUUAUUUAAUUAUAAACGUAGCUGCGCAUAUUAAAAAUUUAAACUAUGCACAGCUUACAACUUAGACAAUUUUUCAUAAACGCUCGCUCGCUCUCUUUCUCACACACAGCCAAUGCUCACUAUUCUAUCUCACUCAUACUCUAACUCACACUGUCUCUUUCUGACUAUUUGAGCAUAAACCGCAACGUAUAUCAACAAUUCGUCCAAUAAUUGGAGACUUGAGGCACAACAAAAUGACGUUUAAGCUUAAACGUCAACCAGGCCAAAGCUCCAAUUGCCAAAACCCUAAGUGUUAAAAAAUAAAAACGCAAACUUUAAGAACGUACACCAAAGCUAAGAUACUACUUAACAUAUAAAUAGCAUUAAGAGCUAGUUGUUAAACCCAAAUAAAAAAAUCAGAAGCGUAUUUACACAUAUAGCAGCUUAUAUGCCUAAGUAAUUAUAUAUAUAUGUAUAUGUAUAUGUGUCUGUAUGUAGGCUUGAAGUGAACUUAAAGUUUUUUGCCAAAUACUUGUAUCGAUGUAUUUAUAUAUGUAAUGUAUUCUAUUUUUUAAGUAUACAAAAAAACAAACAGCUAAAGCUCGAAAGUCCCGUCAGCAAAAAUUUUCAAUCACUAAACAGUAGCGCAUAGCUCGCUUUUAGGCGCUUUUACACGCAAGCGAUAUAUAUAUAUAGUAUAUACAAAAAAAAUUAAAAGUUUAUAUAUAAUUUGCACUCACCCACAGUCUGCAAUCCUGAAAUUGAUAUUUGAGUAUCAGGUACCUGCCAAAAAAAUAAAUAUUUAAAUAU